AUGUCCUCAGGUCUCCCCAAUGCGCACCAAGACGCUCCCGCAGACCUCAGAUCACCCUUGCGUGCAGAUCACAAAGCGCAUUUUCACUCUCAAAUGCCCGUACGGCGGGUGACAUCGACGUAUUCCUGCUCUGUUUACUCGGUGACACUUCACCAAAGACUGUUCCAGAACUACGGUUACCUUGAAAGAUCACGGCUUGGACGUAUCGAGGACUUUGGCGCAGGCUGCAGUGACCUUGAUAGCCAGCUGUCCCUCAAGGGCUUCACACAGGCCCAUCUUCCUGAGAUCAAAGUCCAUGCAUAUUUCGCUCCAGUGACUCCGCCUCCCUCUGUGCAUGGAGGUGGCCAGCGCCUGUGCCGCUGCUGCAUCAUCCUCUGA